AGUCACCAGCUGCAAUAUACCUCACUGGAAUUUAUUGUCACUCAACAGCUUUGGACGAACUCAAAGGAUACGAGAAUGUUUUCUCCUGGCAACACAAUUGGUCACCUGCUAACUCUCACAGGUGAGCGUGCGCGAGCGCAACCACGCACUGGUCUUCCGUUAAGAACGCUCAGUGCAACUACGACACUGGCCGAGAACGAACUUAGAACCUCGAAUCGUAGACCGCGUCAAGAUCGUGCGCCACAACACCUGUGAACUGUGAACUUGCGGACUUUCUUGUGCCGAUUAUAUUGUGAUUGUGUUUUGUUUCGCAUAUACACGGUAGACUGAAGUGCCAUCACAGCCUAUAUUUGUUUCUACGAAGAAGUUCCUCACUGAAGUAUACUUCAUAAAGCUUUCAACACAGAAUGAGGUUGUCCUACGAAAUGAGAAUACUCUAGCAGGCAUCCAUCUAAUUUGCGGACAGUAUCGACUCAGCCGCCAUGGAUCGAAGACUAAUUGCUGUUUUGGCGGUUACCGCCCAUUUAUGUAGUGUAGUAUUGGCCGAUGGACCAGUCUACGAUGGACAAGGAAAGCCGAUCAACCCCGCGCCUGCUGGCAACUUCCUAACACAAACCGUCUAUGGAUUUCUGGACUUCACCACUACAAUAGGCAACACUGUCAUGGUCUUCUCGCCUCAAUCUGCACCACCACCAGAACCACCGAAAACCGAAAAAUCUGUGCAAGAAAACAUAAUCGAAACUAAACCACCUCCAGCAUCAGUUACAAGCGUGAAGCCUGAAGCAAUCAAACCAAGCAAAAUUUCCGAUAAAGAUAAAACCAACAAGCCCGCCGCUCCUGUAGUUGUAUCCAGUGCCGUGAACGUAGUAUCAUCCCCACCGAAAAAAGAAAUCAAAUCUCCAAAUGUGCCUAAAUCUGCUGUAAAAGAACAAAAACAGAUCAUAACAAAAGUUGAAGUAGUAGCAGGACCUUCAAAAAUAGUUGAAAGUAGCUCACCUAAGCAAUCUGGCCAAAAGUCAAACAAACAAAAUUCACAAUCGAAUAAUGCAAAGAACAAGAAAAAUGAGGGAGUAAAAUCUAUCACUAGUGUCGUGAGCAGCAAAGUUGAAGUAAAACAAGGACCUCCACCAACGAUAGUCAGUUCUAAAGUCAGUAGCGUUGUUUCAGUUAAAUCCAGCAAAGUUAUAGAGGAACCUGCAAUUUUAAUUACUAACAAUAACAUUGGCGAGCCUGAGUACGACUUCCUGUCACGUCAGCCUUCUGAGUUUGUUGAAGAAACUUACAAGGUUAUUAACAUCCGUCCGUCAAAGGUGCCUGGCCAAAAACCAAAACAUGGGCACAAAAACAGGCACCAGCCAACUCCGCCACCUGAAGAUGACGACGAUCAUCCUCUUGGAUUGGUGACAACACUUGGAGGCACCAUAGUUAAAGAUGGUCUUACAACAGUUCAUGAAACUAGUGUUAUUGGUACGUUUAUAUCUGGAAAAUAUGCUCAAGUGCUGAACAGCAACUCAAAAGUACUCCCACAAUCCGGUCAUCGAGGAAAAAUUUCUCCCAGUCCAACACAUAGGAUAUUAAAGACUGUUGGGCCGUCCAUAUCUAAAAACCACAGACAGCACUUAGAACCAACUCCUUCAAUUAGUGACGACGACAGCAGCUUCAGCAAGACAACACGUAGACAAAACAAUGGUGGAGGUUCAUUUAAAAAUCGCCACAGACAACAAAAUAAUGCUGAAAGUGAAAGCCAUAGCAGCCCACCUCCGGUUCAGAGCAAAAAGUUCAAAAACAGAAACAAUAAUUCUCAACGGAAUUCGCAAAGUACACGGUUUGGUCGACCCGUCAAUACGCCUCAACUGGCAACCGUCUCUGUUUUCAGUGAAACAACAACCUCAUCCUUUUCUAAUAGAAGGAAAAGCAACCGUAACUCAGGACAUAAGACUACCGUAACGCCGUCGAGCAACAACGACAGCCAGUCCAAACGCGGAUUCAAACCUCGGGUUCAACCCACCCCUGUUGAACAAGUGACUCCAGCCGCUUCAACCAGUGUGUAUAAAUUUAAGUUGAAUCGUGCUCCGGGAUCCGGCCGCUGGCAAUACAAAACAAGCCCAAAGCCUAAAGUGACCAUACGCAAGCUUAACGCUGACGACGAACAACAAACAACGCCUAAUUCAAAUCCGCUUCUUGACGAUACGCAAAGCAAUGAUAUCUCUCCACAAGCAAGGUCUGAUAAUGAUUUAGAACUAUCAGGUUCACAGAGUGGUCCUGGUACUCUUCUUGAAAAUGACACCGAGGACAACUCUAUUGAGAAACCGCCGCCAGUGGAAACUUUGAAAGUUGAAAUAUCUACUCCCGCUGAUUUCCGAGAUGUUUAUUAUGAAAUUGCUACGAUCAAGUCUCCUUACACAUUCCAGGUUGGACGUGUCAAAAACACUCGUAUAAUCACAGUCACAUCUACUAUAGAAAAGCGUAUAGAACCCACGUUGGCAAUCAACUCGCAAAGUUCUCUCAACGAACCGUUGACAGAAAACAUAUUAGCGACAGCAUCACCUUAUGAAAAGGAUCACAACCUCUUAGACUCAAGUAUUGCUACCCUACCUGCCAUUACAUUAUCUUCAGACAUGGAAACUCCGCCCCUAGAAACCGUCACCGAAACAUUUAGCACCACUCAGCACAUGUUGAAAACACAUAUUCUACCUGUAGUGAAAGACGUUAACUUGACUAGUAGUUUAACUUUCAUUCAAACUUAUGAAGUCACCAGAUUUGUAACAGCAACUAAAACGUUGCCUCCCAUGGACUUCUUCCAAUUCAUACCAAGCAAAACUCUCAAGGAAUUCAAUAGCCGUUUGGAUGAAGCUGGUUCCGAAUUACAUCUUGAGUUGGACUUUGGCGACAGCAAUGAAGAUGAAGAUGGCGUUCCAAGACGCGUAUUCCCACCAGAUCUAGACCUCGCCAAUAUCGGGUCAGACUUUGAUCUUACAGAAAUUGACAAGUACAGAAUGCACGAAAAUCACCUGAGAUUAAAGAAAGCCCACGGUCAAAACAAAGGAAACCAUGUUACUGAAUCACCGAACCCACCCACUCCCGCUUUGACACCAGAACAAGCUCAACAAUUAGCUCUUUUGAGACUGCUGAACCCAGCGGCCGCCGCUCAAAUUCCUGACGUUGUUACUACGUCUAAACCUGUUCUCAAGUACGAAACUAUUUAUGAAUCCCAUGUCAUUCCCGUAUAUGACGGUAAAACUACUAUUCAAAGUACUAUCUCUAGACCAGUGGCCACCAUUACCAAAACGGAAUACGAGAUUGGAACCAGCAGUCUUCCCGCCCUGCCUUUGCAAACGAUCAACCCACUGUUCCCACAACAAUUCUCCGUUAUAUCGACGCCAGUAGUCGUGAACACAGAGGUUACAGCUACUAAUAGUCAAGUUUUAAAAUUAACGUUUGGUGCGAAGACAGUUUACACGACGCUGUUCACCACUCAAGUUGUGCCUACGGUGCUGACGUCGUACGUGACGUCAUCGAUUCCCGUACAACCAACCGCCGCACCCCCCGGUUACCCCGGGUACUACCAACCGCCAUUCGCACCUUUCCCAUACGUAGGAUAAGUAGACCAGUAAAUAUUUUAUGUAAAAUCGAUAAGUGCGGACUAUAAGUUAAAAAUUGUGUUCAGCAGUGUAUGUGAUGAUAACACGUAACUUUUGCACGAGAAACGAAACUUUUAACUGUGAAUGCGUUGUUGUAGUGCACGUGAUAAACUGUAUUGCGAGUAGGUGAAAAGUAAACAGUGCAAAAGCAGCAGAACGGUGGGAUUUAUAGCCUUUGUGGAAACAUGAAAACUCUAGAGUUGUAUUUCUUAUAAAGUUUUGUGAGCUCUGCGCUACACGAUGCGUCCACUGUAACCCUACGUGGAGGUAAUGUUUACCGACGUGUAAUAGACAUAAUAUGUAACGCAAAUUACAUUUUAUUCUGUAAUUGCUUUGUAAAUAUUGUUUAUUUAUGAAUAGUACUUCUGUACAUAACUGUAUACCUAUAGCUAUAGUUGUAGAUAGCUUUCAUAAAUGUAUUUUAUAAUUUUGUACAUGUAUUGCAUAGAAUAAGUGGGUUCUAUACUUUUAUAAAAUUAAAUAAUUAAAACCUGUA